CUAUCGAUAUUUAUAUAUAAAUUUGCAGUGUUUGUUGACUGGUCCUUAGUACCUGCUUGAGUGUUUGAAUAGUUAUUGUGUUCAGUGAAUUAAGUGUAAAUAAGUAAUAAUAUAAAGUGAUAUGUCUGACAGCUCAGAUUAUGAGGAUCACGAUGAUCCCAAAGGUCAGGGACAGCCACCACCAUACUCCGAGAGUGCAACAGACGUGCCCCCCACUGAGAGAGCUGCUACCACCACCACCAUGCACUCUUCCACGACAACCGCCAUCGGCGUCGGCGCAGCGGUGACCGUCGUGACUGCCCAACCGACCUACCCUGCGUACCCCACAGCGGUCGUGUACCAGGGGAACAUGAACUAUGUACCAGCCGGCGUCAACGUGGGACAGGGACCCUUCAUAGGCCCCAAGGAGUCGCCAAUGACCUGCCCCUCCUGUCAGCAGAGUAUUACCACAAAAGUUGAAUACAAAUCCACGAUGGGUACACAUAUUUGUGCUCUCAUGUUUUGUAUGGUUGGGUUUAUACCGUGCAUGAUCAUCCCAUACUGCGUGAAGAGUUGCCGGAACGCUGACCACUACUGUCCCGAGUGUAACGCUUUCCUCGGCACCUACAUCAGAGCCUGAUGAUCAUGACUGUGAUAAAUAUGGAUUUUCUCUGUCACAGUUCUAUGAUGCAAGGAUAGUCAACUUAACUGGAUUAUGCACUUAGAAAUGGUGUAUAUAUGUAUCUAUACACAAUCGUGACUUAAUACGGAAGGAUACGAUUUUCGAAAUAUUUGUACAAGACUCAAAAAGAAGCCUUUUAGAAGCGAUAUAGCCUGAUACGUAGGUUCUCGAAGCGUGUGGCAAUUUUCAAUUAUUUAUUAUCCACUCCUCAUAAAUAAUAAUAUAAUUGAUGGAGAGUUUAGAUGAACAUCUGUAAAAGUUGAAAUCGAUAUGAUUUUGUGUAAAUCUGUAUAGAUUUUUGUACUUUUUAGCAGGGCCGCGCCGACCCCCGGCAGCGCCUGUGUGCGAAACCUAUGAAGCGCCUCUUUUUUAACGAAUCAUCAUAAAACGAAUUUAAUUUUUGAAUGAAUAUUUUUAAUUGUUAAUGUUGACUGAAAUAAAUGUUCUCCAGUCAGCGGCGGCCCUAGCCAUUGCGAGGCUACGAGCGGCAGGUCUAUGCGAGGCCCUUUGUUCUACGUGAAAAGUCUGUUGUGAGCUAGGAGUUAUUUUCUUGUUAAUAAAAGGACUUACAAGCGGCGCUACCUUCUAGGUUCGGCUAAAAAAGGAUUGAAAAAAUAAAAGAAGUGGAAAAUAAAGCAGAGCGUAGCGAGCACAAAAAUUUUUGAGCUUUGGGUCACUGAAACACCUAAACUUGUUUAUUAAAGAACGAUGCAAGGUGCAGUCGCGAGCGCAGCGAGCGCGAAAAUUUUUAAGUUUUAGGACAUAAAAGUACUCUAAUCACGUUAGAAGGAACGGUACCGACAAGCGAACAGCCGCGAGCGUAGCGAGCGCGAAAAUUGUUGAGUUUUGGGACAUAAAAGUACUCUAAUCAUGUUAGAAAGAACUAUACUGACAAGCGAACAGCCGCGAGCGUAGCGAGCGCGAAAAUUUUUGAGUUUUGGGAC